AUCUGUUGGAAACGGAAUCAGAGCGGGUAUGUGCUGCGCAGUGUUCCUUUUGCCUUAUCCCGUGAGAUCUCAUCAUUUUGGAGUUUAAUCUUGAAGGAAAGGUGAUAGAUCUUCGGUCGCCGAAGAUACAAGUUCGGUUUUUGGUAGAGUGAUUUUGUUGAGAGUGAAAAGAAGAAUGUCUGAAGAGGGAGGUGAGGUAGCUCAAGUACCAGGAAGUAAUGGGGAUGAUUCUAUGCAGCCUAAGAAAGAGUUUUCCGACACGAAUGGAAGUCUUGCUAAGGACAAUGGGUUGUUUGAUGGCAACCCACCUUCAGAGGACACCCAUGAUCAACUUUUACAAAUGGUUACUGAACUGAAGUUUCAAAAUGAAUUCUUAAAGUCUCAGCUUGAGAGCUUGAAAGAUCAUCAAUCAGAACGUGAUGUGUCUUCCCAACAAAGUAAAGGGAUUGGAGAGGAUAGUGGGGAUUCUGCGGUUGUGAAAGACCUUCAUGAAAAGAUAGAGUCUCUGAGUAAAGAGCUGCAUGUAGAAAAACAAACACGACUUGCAGCAGAAGAGGCUUUGAGGCAUCUUCAAGAGGCACACUCAGAGGCAGAUACAAAAGCUCGAGAACUUGCGGGCAAGCUUACAGAGGCACAACAGAAGUUGGAUCAAGAAAUAAAAGAGCGUGAGGAGAAGUACACUGAUCUUGACUCCAAGUUUAGCAGGCUUCAUAAACGUGCAAAGCAGCGUAUUCAAGAGAUUCAAAAGGAAAAGGAUGAUCUUGAGGCUCAACUUCGUGAAGUAAAUGAAACAGCUGAGCGAGCAUCAUCCCAACAGUCAGCAUUGCAGCAAGAUUUGGAGCGCACACGGCAACAAGCAAGUGAAGCAAUGAAAGCAAUAGAUACGGAGAGACAACAAUUAAGAAGUGCAAACAAUAAACUUCGUGAUAACCUAGAGGAAUUGCGCCGUUCAUUGCAACCUAAAGACGAGGCUAUUGAUGCUCUGCAGCAUUCAGUUUUGGAGAAAGAACAGAUGUUGGAAGAAUUGCGAGGAUUAUUACAAGCUGCAGAAGAGAAAAGGCAAGCUUCAUUGGCUGAACUAUCUGCUAAACAUCAGAAGAAUGUAGAGAGUUUGGAGGCGCAAUUGGCUGAUGCUUUGUCUGAUAGAACCAAGGCAACUGAAACAAUUUCUGCCUUACAGGUGAUGGUGGCAGAGAAAGAGACUAAGAUUGCAGAAAUGGAUGCAGCUUCAUCAGGUGAAGCUGCACGACUAAGAGCUGCCAUAGAAACCAUUAAAGGGGAGCUUGCUUUCUUGAAACAAGAGCAUGACAAGGAAAAGGACAGCUGGGAAGUUGCCUCACAGGCACUGAAAUCAAAGCUGGAAACUGCUGAGAGUAACUGCAUUCGAGCUGAAAUAGAAGUGGCUAAAAUGAAAAGUCAGCUGGAAUUAGAGGCAUCUAUGCAAACCCAGAUGCUAAGUGCAAGAGACACUGAGCUUGCUGCUGCCAAAGAAGAGAUAACCCGCCUUGAAAGUGAAUUUUCUUCUUACAAAAUUCGCGCACAUGCACUUCUCCAGAAAAAGGAAGCAGAGCUAAUGGCAGCUAAAGACUCUGAACAAAUAAAAGCACUUGAAGAAGCACUGAAGGAAGCAGAGAAAGAAGCACAGGCAGUGUCUGCAGAAAGGGAUAGGGCUCAGAAGGAACUUAAAGGUGCUUUGGCUAAUCACAGUAAAGAACUUGAAGAAAGAGAUGAAGCACUUGACAGUGCCAAGCAGCAGAUCAAGAGCCUAGAGAUGAAACUUAAUUCUGCUAAUGCUCGUCACCAGUCAGAGAAAGAAGCAUGGGAAAUGGACCUUAAAAAUCUGGAAGAAGUGUGGCGACUCAGGUGUGAAUCACUGAAAGCUCAAAAUGAAGCAUCCUCUAGUGAUGAUGUACAAAAAGAAAUGGAGGAGCUAAAACUGCGUUAUAAACGACUUAAGGAAGAGCAUGCUUCGUUCCGUGAUCUUGCCGAUAGAAUGAUGGAGGAGAAGGACGGAGAAAUUUCUAAACUUUUAGAUGAGAACAAGAAUAUUCAACGAUCCCUGGAACUGAGACUUCCUGCUGAUCAGGGAGAUGAUUACAACACGGGUCUGCACAGACAGGAUGCUCCAAAUAGCACCUCUGCAGCAGAACAGCAGAUUCUGCUUUUGGCAAGACAGCAGGCUCAAAGGGAGGAAGAGCUCGCCCAGUCGCAGCGACAUAUUUUAGCACUUCAAGAGGAAAUUGAAGAGCUUGAACGUGAAAACCGUCUGCACAGUCAGCAGGAAGCCAUGUUAAAGGAGGAGUUCCGAAACAUGGAAAGAAUGCAGAAGAGAGAAGGUGUUGAUAUGACAUACCUGAAAAAUGUUAUCCUGAAACUUCUCGAAACAGGUGAAGUAGAAGCUUUACUACCUGUAGUAGCGAUGCUUCUCCAAUUCAGUCCUGAAGAGGUACAGAAGUGUCAACAAGCCUACCGCACCUCUUCAGAUGUUGCACCAAGCCCAGCAAAUGAUACUUCAGGAUCAACUCUCUCUCUUUUCUCAAGAUUUUCAUUUUCAUAGUAUUGUGACUUGCAAGGGGAAGCUUGAAAAUAAUUGUUGCAUUUAACGUGAUGAUCUCUGGCCGCUACUCCCCAGCUUCACCAUCACAGUGUAGUAUUCUUUUUGUAUCACUAAAUCCAUCAAUUCUUUGAUAAUCUAUAUUGUAAAGAAUGCAGGACAAUCAAUGGCACACACCAAAGUAUCAGCAAUUCGGGAAAUGAUCGCAGAGAAUCUCCUCUCUUUUUUCUCUUUUUUGGUUGAGUUUUCCUGAUUAGUUUUAGUGGUUACAUAAAGUGUAAUGUAUGUUCAAGAAUGAAGAAAUAAUACUUGUUCCUACUGGAAGGUUAAUAUUUAUUCAGAAACAGUCGAUAUUCAAAGUUAUCAAUAGCCAAUAUUCUUCUUCAUUAAGUGAGAGAUGUUAGAAGCUGUUUAUGAAGAACUGUGAAAAUAGUAAAUAACUUUAAAUAAC